AUGAGCAACAAUGACACUACAAAGAAGCAAGCAGGAAGCAGCAAGAGGCCAACAGAAGAGGAGGAGCAAACAAAGGCAGAUGAAGCCAAGGAUCAAGAGGUGAUGCCAAGCAAGAGCACUGAGAAACUCAAAGAGAAGGACAACCAACCACACAGUUCAAAAGAAGUGACUCAGGGACAGCAUCAAAUAGGAAAGAGCAUCAUACCUCCACUGCCAUAUCCCCAGAGGUUCAACAAAGAGGCUAAGGACCAACAUUUUCAUAAGUUCCUUGAGACUUUCAAGAAACUGGAGAUCAAUAUCCCCUUGGCUGAAGCACUUGAGGCCUUGAUUCAAAAAGGGCUUCCUCCUAAGCUUGAGGACCCAGGGAGCUUCCUGUUGCCUUGCACCAUUGGGGAAUUGACCAUCACUAAAGCAAUGUGCGAUCUAGGAGCAAGUAUUAACUUGAUACCGUCUUCCUUGGUGAGAAAACUGCGUAUAGAGGAAGUUAAACCGGUACAGAUGUCUCUAGAACUGGUAGAUAAGUCAAUAGUAUACCCCAGGGGUGUGAUUGAAAACCUUUUGGUCAAGGUGGACAAAUUCAUAUACCCUGCUGAUUUUGUGGUUCUAGAUUCAGAUGAGGAUGAUGGUGACUCUAUUAUACUGGAAAGGCCAUUCUUGGCCACUGCUAGGGCUAUCAUAGACGUGGAGGAAGGAGAAUUAACUCUCAGAAUGCAUGAUAAGAGUGUCACUCUGAAGGUGUUACCAGAAGCAUAG